AGUAUUUGUUUGUUCAUAUACCCUGAAGUCGCUCGUCUCUUUGUUUUGCGCGUCAAUUGAGUCGGUAGCAGCAACAAUGAAGUACGGUUCCAUCGUCGCGGUGCUCUCCCUGUGCAGCUUUGCAGCCGCUGAUGAGGCUCGCCACCCAGGGUACUGCGAUCUCAGUACAGCCACGUGCUGGCACCCGCAAACUCCGUUGACUGCCGAGGAGGUGGCUCGCUACGCUGACCGCGCGUGCCACAGCCUCCAUCCCGUAGGUGCACCAGACGACGUUGCCUCCAAUCACCAUCACCACCACCACCACUGAUGCCGUUGCGAGUGCUAACACGUGGUCUUCAGUGCCCCUGUGGUGGCGGCGGCUGCUACAAAAAAUCGGCAGACUGGGAAAACCAGGAACCAAUUAUCGUUUGCACUGACGACGCGAACCCGAUGGGCUGACAUUGGUUGAGAAGACAUUUGAUGGAAGCGGGAAUGUGAAGGGGUCCUGUCCUAUCAUCCAAGAGCAACAUGAAUUGAGAGGGUUUGACGUGGCGUCUUUUCUUCUUCAUUUUUUUCUUUGAGUUGGUGCUCGGACCGCUGCUUUGUAUUACAUGGCACUCAUUAGGCGCUAAGUUGGCAAUGCUAGUAGAGGAGUGUUAUACGAAUACCUACGAAGUAU